AUGAAAGUUACUGCAUUUUGGGUUUUUGUUUUGACAGUAUUUCAGUGUGGCAUUUGAAGUCGAGGUCAUAUGUGGGUUAUGAACAAUUUUGUUAGACAUACGAUCUGAAAAAGCUAGUUCGAUUUCCUUCAAAACCAAUUAUUCAUCCCAAUAAGAUUUGUUAUGCCAAAAAUUGAGUAUAUUGGUCGUCCGUCUUUACACUUCUACGGCAAGCUCCUAUCAGAAAUAGCCAAAAACCUUAAAAACCGCGCCAAGGGUAGAGUAGUAAUAAAGGAAACUGAAACAGCAGAAUUCAAGGAGCCAUGCUAUUACAUUUUAAAAAAUGUUGUUCCACUUAUGUCCGAUAAAUCUGAUGUUAGAUGUAGAGCAUGGGGUAUACGGGUAUUCCGUGGCCGAAAUCUUGGCUAUUGUCUCCUACCGAAUACACAUGAACCAGAUUGGCGUCUUCUAUCACCUAGUGAAGCUGAACGUCUAACGUCCAUAUCAACAAAAUCUGAUUUGGUCGCUCCGGAUGUUCCAGUUAGCUGCGUUGCUCAAGCUCCCCCUUUAUUGACAAUAUUUUUACGAAGAAAAAAUGUACUUCCACCACAAGUAGUGGAAGAAGCUGAAAAAUCUACUCACUCUUUAGAUAUACAACAAUCAAUGAGAGAAGCUAGUGGUUUAUUAUUGUUAACACCUCACCGCUAUGAUCCGACAAGUUUCAAAGUUCCUAUUGAACCGACUUCCGAGGAGAAAUCACGUAUGUAUCCUCCAUAUGAAUGGUCAGCUAAAAAAGGAUUAAUUAUAAAGCCAAAUUUGGAUCGAGAUUCUUAUUUAAUUCGUCGAUCUGAUACACCUGGAUUGUAUUGGCGUGUUCAUCUAGCGAAAUCUUCCAAAACAGAACAAGAUAGUGAGACAGUUUCAUAGACAGGAAAUUGUUAUCAAAAGAACUGGAUUAGCUAUAUUCUUGAUUGUUGAUAAUACAGUACUUAUGUAUGUA